GUUGUUAGUUAAGUGUUGACCUAUUAUACUACUCUUUGUUGUUGACACUUGACAGCAUGGCGACCAGCACAGUGGAUUCUGAAAUCACAAAAAGUGAUAAAUAUUCAAUAUUGUUACCAACUUAUAACGAGAGAGAAAAUCUGCCUAUUAUAAUAUGGCUAAUAAUUAAAUAUUUGGACGGAAGUGGAAUAGAUUUCGAAGUGAUAGUAAUAGAUGAUGGGAGCCCCGACGGUACAUUGGACAUAGCAAAGCAGUUGCAAAAUAUUUAUGGAUCAAAUAAAAUAGUCCUUCGUCCUCGGGAAAAAAAGUUAGGCUUAGGGACUGCUUACAUACACGGAAUCAAACAUGCUACCGGCAAUUAUAUUAUUAUUAUGGAUGCUGAUUUAAGUCACCAUCCAAAAUUCAUACCAGAGUUUAUAGAACUUCAGAAAGAACAUGACUAUGACAUUGUGACUGGUUCCCGUUACAUUAGUGGGGGUGGAGUAUAUGGAUGGGACUUUAAAAGGAAGCUUAUAUCCAGAGGAGCAAAUUUCCUCACUCAAACACUUCUUAGACCUGGAGUUUCUGAUUUAACUGGUUCCUUUAGAUUAUACAAAAAAGAUGUAUUACAAAAAUUGGUGGAGAGCUGUGUGUCCAAAGGUUAUGUGUUCCAGAUGGAAAUGGUCAUAAGAGCGAGACAGCUUAACUUCACCAUUGGAGAAGUGCCGAUAACUUUUGUAGACAGGGUGUAUGGUGAAUCCAAGUUGGGAGGCACUGAGAUAGUGCAGUUUGUGAAGGCUCUGUUAUAUUUAUUUGCCACUACAUAAUUUUCUUUGUUAAUUAAUUAUUUAUGUACGUCUCCAUUAACCUUUUUGUUUAGUGGCAAUUUUAGAAAUUAAACUUUAUACUCUGAGGUAAGCAUUUAAAUUAUUGGCAGAAAAGGCACUAAGGGUCAAGAACUUGCAAAUACAAUUUCUGCCAAGAAAGAUUAUAGAAUCCAUGUUGCAUUUUUUAAAGGCUCUUUUUUUCUCUUCACUUAACUCAAACUAUAAUUUUGAUAUUCAGUACAGUCAGAUGAAAUAUAAUUAAUCAUAAUUUUAUUCAAUAGUUACUAUAUUAAAGAUUUGUAUUAUUUAUAAAAAUAGCUAUUAUAAUAGUUAUAGUGGAUAAAGUAGACCAAGGCAAUGUAUCCUUCAAAACUGGCAAAAUUUUGGUGCUGAAAACACUUGGGAAAACAUAACCUUAAUUAAAACUAUUAAUUACAAUAUACUCUAUGAAAGAUGAUUAUCAUUGUUUGUACACAUCGGUAGAUUGAAUUAUAAAUUAUAUGGUCCAUUAGUUAUAUUUUCACACUUAAAUUAGUACAAUUAUAUAAGUGAUUAUAUUUGUAUAUUAUUGAAAUAAAUACUUUGUAUAUGAUUUGUA